AUGGGUUCGCUUGCACCAGCUUCGUGGGAACUCAAGGCCGAUAAGUUGAGGAAGAUCCUCAAAGACUCUCUCAAUCCGAAAUGGCUCUUGGCUCCGGAAGACCUGCCUUCCCCAAGCCAGCUGAACAUCUCCAAGUUCAUCGACACGUGCAAGCUGUUGACCCCACAGGAGCAGGAGAUUACAGCCUGUAGCGGCACUGAGCUAGUAAGCCGGAUGGCUGCUGGCAAGCUUACCGCCGUUGAGACAGUUACAGCGUUUCUGAAGCGCGCUCAUGUGGCUCAUCAGCUGACCAACUUCGCGACCGAGUUCUUGGUCGAUGAAGCGUUAGCUGCUGCUGCAAAGCUCGAUGCGGAAUUCCAGGAGACUGGAAAGAUUGUUGGACCGCUGCAUGGUCUGCCGAUUUCUAUUAAAGAGCAUAUUGGACUCAAAGGGAAGAUUGUGCAUUCGGCCUACGUGGCUUGGGCGGACAACAUUGCCCAAGAAGACGCUCUAGUUCUUCGGCUGGCUGCGAAAGCGGGUGCUGUCUUCCAUGUCCGCACCAAUGUCCCACAAAGUUGCAUGCACCUCGACUGCAGCAAUCCCAUCUACGGCACGACAGUCAACCCUUACAACCGCAAUCUCACAUCAGGCGGCUCCAGUGGUGGCGAAGGAGCAUGCCUCGGACUCCGUGGCUCUGUCUUGGGACUCGGGACUGAUAUCGGGGGCUCCGUUCGUGGGCCGGCGGCCUUUUGCGGCUGCUAUGGUCUUCGAACAACGGCUCUGCGCAAUCCAUACAAAGGCAUUUGUCUGCCGGGCCUAGGUCAAGAGAGCAUCAAGUGUAUCUUGGGCCCCUUGGCAAACAGUAUCUCGGAUAUUCAGCUCUUUGAAGAUGUUGUACUUAACCAAGAGCCUUGGGACGAAGAGACCUCUCUGGUUCCCCUGCCCUGGAAGAAGAUGGAGCCAUAUCAACCAGGCCAAUUUACUGUUGGUGUUAUUUGGGACGAUGGAAUGGUUCAUCCUCAUCCGCCAGUUACCCGUGGCCUCAAGUACGCUGUUGACAAACUUAAGGCAGCUGGGGUGAAGGUCGUAGACUUUGAGCCGUAUAAACAUAGCGAAGGAGCCGAGAUAAUCGAGCUUCUCUACUUCCCAGACGCAGCUGAGACACAGAAGGAAGUCCUUGCAGAAGGGGGCGAGCCGGUAGCACCAUUAACGGAGUGGGCGUUCCACUACUCAAAGCCGGAGCCGCUCACCAUCAGAGAGAAUUGGGAACUGAACUUACGGAGAGAAACUUUCCGUGAAGAGUAUCAUAAGGUGAUGAAAGAUCGCGGCGUCGAUUUCAUCCUUUGCCCCGCCUAUGUCGGCGUGGCUGCAAAGUGCGGCACUCCUCAAUACUGGCAUUACACGACUAUCUGGAAUAUUCUGGAUCAACCAAGCAUCACUUUCCCGACUGGUCUUCAUGUCGACCCCAAGGUUGACGUAGUUGAUGCCAACUACAAGCCUCGAUCCGCAACAGAUGAGAGAGAGUACAAGAAAUAUAUUCCCGAAGCGUUUGUCGAUGCCCCGAUCGCUCUCCAGCUCGCUGGCAAGCACUUCCGGGACGAGGAGACGGUGGCUGCAGCAGAUUUGGUAACGAAGAUCAUACAAAAUUGA